ACGACAUACAUAAUUCACUAAAUCACACGGCACACACGCCUUUAAUAUAUUCAUAAUUAAUUUUUUCAUUAUUUAUAAGAAAUUUCGUUUAUUACGGCCAGGUUCGGGUUUUCCAACGGUGUUGAUAUGAAUUGUAAUUUUAAAAAAUUCUUAAAAUUUGCAACAAAACUUUAAAUAUUCCACUGAAAAAGUUUUAAAGUUGUAAAUUUAUAUUUAAUUUCUCUAAGGUAGACGAGAUUCCACGGGGCUAAAUUGCCAAUUUUGCUGAACCAAAUUUUCUAAUUAUUCCACAUUAAAAUUAGAUAAAAUAAUUUAUUUAGCUGAGAUAACAUUUUUUACAGUCGGAACAGCUUCCACACAUUUCACUUUUUGUUAGAUCUUCCACUUCACUGAGUUUUCUCAUUUCACCCCUUUAAUUUACUUAAUAUAUUUUUACACCUUUUGGGUAUUUUUGGGUAUUUUUUGAGUGUUUAAUUUUGGGUUUACGCUUGAUUUGACCAUUUCCCCGCGUAAUGUCUGAUAUUUUAAAGAAUAUCCAGGAACUAAUUUUAAAUCAUAAAGAAUUUAACAAUUCCAUCGAUCUUAUCAAGGUUCCUUGCAAACCACUGAUUAACUUACCCGGGCUCUCCUUUUUAUCCACAAAAGCUUCCGACGAACUCAAACACGAACACAGAUCCGACGAGUUGAGGUCUGAGGAUGAGAUAGAGUUGCCUUUGUUUUAUGCGAAGCAUCUUUAUAAGGCGGGGUUAUGUAAAAUUGAGUUCCCCAGCUACUACAAAUCUGCCAGGGCGCUUUUCACAGAACCCACCGCCACAACCGUUGGACUCUCAACGCCAUUCUACUUCGAACUCGCAUACGAACUCUGCCAAAUAAUUCCUGAGAAUGAGUGGCCUGUGGAAAACCUGUUAUCAAUGUUAAAGGAGGCCGAAUGUAAGCGUCGGAACUUUCUGAUAAAACGGUCAACUACGGUUGACGGUGCGUUUUUGUCUGGGCUAACUCACGAGGAGAAGAAACUCCUAAACGUACUGUCAACUGCCAACAUUAACCUCCUAUGCCUCAAUUUAAACUCUCUAAACACGCUAGACUUUUACGAACUCGAUGAUUAAUUUAAUAUAUA